AUGUUUCUCUCACCUUUGAGUUUGGUCCUUCGGGUGCUGAACAUCCGGACAGGCUCUGCUCUUUUCUUUUGGCUUUUGGGGUUGGCCCUGCGCUCUUUGCCCCUCUCAGGGCAGAAACCCGAGGACAAAUACCCUGUGGUGCCCACCAAUUACGGGAAGCUCCGGGGGAUCAAGAAAGACCUGAACAAUGAGAUCCUUGGCCCAGUGGUGCAAUACCUGGGCAUCCCUUACGCCACGCCACCGGUGGGGGAGAGGCGUUUCCAGCCCCCCGAAGCGCCUGCUUCCUGGUCUGAGGUGCGCAAUGCCACGGCUUUUGCUCCCGUCUGCCCACAGAACAUCCACGGCAUGCUGCCUGGAAUCAUGCUUCCUGUCUGGUUCACUGACAACUUAGAAAUUGUCGCUGGAUAUGUCCAGAACCAGAGUGAAGAUUGCCUCUACCUCAACAUUUAUGUGCCCAUGGAGGACGGUCCGCUCACGAAAAAGCGUGAGGAGGCAUCAACUAACAAUCCCACUCCAGACGAAGAUAUCCGGGAUAGCGGAAAGAAACCCGUCAUGCUCUUCAUCCACGGUGGAUCCUACAUGGAAGGAACGGGGAACAUGUUCGACGGCAGCGUUUUGGCUGCGUACGGCAACGUGAUUGUCGUCACCAUGAACUACCGGCUCGGCGUGCUGGGAUUCAUGAGCACUGGCGACCAAUCUGCCAAGGGAAACUAUGGCCUCCUUGACCAGAUCCAAGCCUUGCGGUGGUUGAACGAGAACAUUGGACAUUUUGGGGGAGACCCGGAGCGCAUCACCAUCUUUGGCUCGGGAGCUGGGGCUUCCUGCGUCAACCUUCUCAUCCUCUCCCACCAUUCAGAAGGUCUGUUCCAGAAAGCCAUCGCUCAGAGUGGGACGGCCAUUUCCAGUUGGUCGGUCAACUACCAGCCCCUGAAAUACACCCGCAUGCUGGCCUCCAAGGUGGGCUGCGACCACAUGGACACGAGUAAUACAGUCGACUGCCUACGGCGCAAGCCCUACCGGGAGCUGGUAGACCAAGACAUCCAGCCCGCACGUUACCAUAUCGCUUUUGGCCCUGUGGUGGAUGGGGACGUGGUUCCGGAUGACCCCGAGAUCCUCAUGCAGCAAGGGGAGUUCCUCAACUAUGACAUUCUCAUCGGUGUCAACCAGGGAGAAGGCCUGAAGUUUGUGGAGGACUCCAUGGAGAACGAAGACGGCAUUUCGGCUAGCUACUUCGACUUCACCAUUUCCAACUUUGUCGACAACCUGUACGGAUACCCAGAAGGCAAGGAUAUCUUGCGGGAAACCAUCAAGUUCAUGUACACAGACUGGGCCGACCGGGACAAUGGCGAGAUGCGGCGUAAAACCCUCCUGGCCCUCUUCACCGACCACCAGUGGGUUGCGCCCGCCGUCGCCACUGCCAAACUCCACGCUGAGUAUCAGUCACCUGUCUACUUCUACACCUUCUACCACCACUGCCAAACUGACACGCGGCCGGAGUGGGCCGACGCAGCCCAUGGAGACGAGAUCCCCUACGUCUUUGGCGUGCCCAUGAUCGGAGCCACGGACCUCUUUCCCUGCAACUUCUCCAAAAACGACGUCAUGCUGAGCGCGGUUGUCAUGACCUAUUGGACCAAUUUCGCCAAGACCGGGGACCCGAACCAGCCGGUUCCACAGGACACCAAGUUCAUCCAUACCAAGCCCAACCGCUUUGAGGAAGUGGUUUGGACCAAGUUCAACACGAAAGACAAACAGUACCUCCACAUCGGCCUCAAGCCCCGGGUGCGAGACAACUACCGAGCCAACAAGGUGGCCUUCUGGCUGGAGCUGGUGCCGCACCUCCACAACCUCCAUGAGCCGCCAUACACCUCCACCACCACACGCAUUCCUCCGAUUGUCACCCGAUGGCCCAGCACCGGGCCCCUAACCACCCGCCGCCCCGUCCCCACCCUCCCUCUGGACGAGGACGAUGUGGUCAGGCCACAGCGUUACGUCCCCUUCCCGGGAGAUUCCCGGGACUACUCUACAGAACUCAGUGUCACGGUGGCCGUGGGGGCCUCCCUGCUCUUCCUCAACAUCUUGGCCUUUGCCGCCCUCUACUACAAGCGGGACAAGCGGCACGAACUGAGGAGCGGGCGGCGCCUCAGUCCCCAGCGCAGCGCGGCCAACGACCUGGUGCACGGCGGGCAGGAGGAGGAGAUCAUGUCCCUCCAAAUCAAGCACUCGGAACAUGAUGCCCACGACCUGGAGCCCCUCCGGCCGCACGAGAUCUUGCGCCCUGCCUGCCCUCCCGACUACACCCUGGCCCUCCGCCGGGCCCCGGACGACGUCCCCUUGAUGACCCCCAACACCAUCACCAUGAUCCCCAGCACGAUCACGGGUAUGCAAGCCUUGCACCCCUUCAACACCUUCCCCACCGGACACAACAACACGCUCCCUCACCCUCAUUCCACCACCCGCGUAUAGUCGCCCUUCCCUCUGUACCCUUUCGGCCGCCUGGCAGUGGUGGUGAUGGUGGUCCCGAUCCACCCUGCUCAGAAAAAGGGAGGCGUCUUUCCCCGCCACGUUGGACGGGUCUUUUGUAUAACAUUGUGGAGAAGGGAGGGGAAAAGGCAAUGGGGAGGGAGAGAUGGAGACCUCUGUGGAUGGGGCAGUGGUGCUCUAUCCACCCUUGGUUUGACGCUGGAGCCUCCGUCGUCAACCACAGCAUGGCAUGGGCACUGGAGAUGCAGGCCGCAUGGAAGAUCUGCCCCGUUUUCAAAUGAAAUAAGAGAGAGAGAGGUCACAUGGAGGCUGGCAUCCUUUCGGGUGUGGGAUUGGGGCUGGCAGGAGUGAGUGAUGGGGAAAGGAAACAUCUCUAACUCCAAUCUGGACAGAUAACAGGAAAGCCAGUAUCAUUCCAAGUGUGGGUUUGGUGUUCAGGGCACAAGAGAGAGAGAUAGAAAGAGAGAGUGUGAAUGAAACCUCACUAUCUUGUCUUCACCCCCCUUGUCAGGAUGGUGAAGACAACUGUGUCCUUUCCAACCAUGGGAUGGGUAGAGGGUGCAGGGGGACAAGGCGAAGCUCAAGAGUCUGUCGCUUGAUCCGUGUUGUUGGGAAAGACAGUAACUCCCAUCACCCGAAUGGUUCGCGCUACUCAAGGGUCAAUGGAAGAAGGACAGAUGGGUUUCCUUGGAGGGAUAAUGGAGAAGUCAACAUUGACAUGUAAGAGAGAGAAAGAUGCCAAUGUCCAGUGCUGAAUGGCACCACCAAAUUUUUGUUGGAACCAAGAGGGAGCUAGCGUAAGGACGGGAGCCGAACCCGCUUCCAUUCUUUCUUCUUUUCCCCUUUCCUUCAGACCUGAGUCUGUGCCAAUUACGCUUAUGUUUAAUGCCAUUCUGAAAGAGAGAUUGAAUUAUCGGGUGGAAGAGAGUAACUGAACGGGAGACUGGGGUUGGCCUUCCUUCCUUCAUUACGGGGUGGGAGGUCAAAUAUCACAGUGCCUUCUUAGCACAGUCCAGAAAGAAAAACUGACCUCCUCUUUCUCAUCCCCUAUAGAAGAUGGAGUCACCAAUGCCACCUCCUUCCCACCCACCUACCAACCCACCCAGCCACCCACCGCCACAUUUUGGUCAUUGUUCCUUGGGGAACAAUGGUCAUUAUGUUCCUUGGGGAACAUAAUGAUGCUUUGUUUAACAAAGAGAAAGCUUUCCCCAGGGAAUUGCCAGUUUAACAGGCCCUUGAUAUCUCUGCAGAAAACAUGAAAAGGAAAAAUGUACCAUGUCCAGAGUGAAAUUCAAAGAGGGUUAUGGCGUGGGGUGGCAGUAUCCUUGCUCUCACUCACCAUCCUCCAAACUAGGAACCCCUCCAGAUGUGUGUAGUGCAAUGCCCACCAUCCCCGUUCCCUUCCUAAUGUGAGCUGCAUGUCCAAUGUGCCAGGAGGGCAGGCAUCUGGUUGAGAAAAGCUCAUCUAGCUUAUUUCCAAGGGUCAGAAUUUGAAAACGAAAACUAGAAUUUAAUUUUUAUAAUAGAAGAAGUAACAAGGCACUGGUUGGGGGUAGUAGAGAGACCAUAUUUAUUUUUAUUAUUAUUAUUUAGCUUUUUUAAAAAAACCACAAAACAAGAUUACACAAAUUGGAGGAAAGGAUGAAGGGAAGUGUUUAGAAACAAACAAACAGAUGCACGAAAGCACAGGCCCUUCAUGUUCCUAGAAUGUUUAUUUUCAAAGAGAUGGACAAGGAAGUGGAAGCGGGCAGCCGUCUAUCUUUGGAAAUCUCCCUCGCCUUUUGGCCCAGAGAAUGCAGCCUCUCAUCCCAUCCUCUGCUCUUCCCCACCUCUUAAAUCAGCAUUCCCACCCACUCCUCCAAAUAAAGGGCAGAAGCUGGUUUAUAGGCUGCCUCAGAAGGUAGCAGAUUCUCCUGGGUUGGGGGUUUUUAUGGAAAGGUUUGGGGGCUACCCAUCGGGGAGAUUUUAGCGGUGGAUUUCCUGCGUUGGCAUCAUCAGUGGGCUGAACUAGAUGACCCUCGUGUCGCUUGCUGUUCCUCAGCUGCGCAGAGCAUCUCUCCAUAAACAUCCUCCCCAGGGCUAUAGGAGGGAAGGGCAAAGAGAAGGACAUUGUCUCACCAAGUAAGAAUUUAAUGAUGUCCUCCCUCCCCAAAUGUAGUGUUCCUUCAGUCCUCAAACUUCUAGCAUUGCAGUAAAUUAAACGUUGAGUUGAGUAUUUAGUAGUACAGUGGGCCCUCUGUGUUCACUGGGGUUAGGGGCGCAGAAUGCCCAGAGAACACCUCUCUAGGAAUCUCUAGGUCUCCCAAAGCAACGUUGUGAUGAACAUCUGCCAGAACUUGGCCAUCGAGUUGUGCUGGAAGACCAACAAAUGCCUAGAGAAGGAAUCCAGGAAUUGCUAGGUGCGACUUUGGACAGAUGUUGACCAUAGAGUUGCACUGGAGGAAGUAGAGAUACCUAGAGAUAACAUCAGAUAUGUCAAUAAAGCCACAAAUGUGGAAAGCUGACUAUAUUGUUUAGGCAUGCAAAGGAAAGGGCCAGUCAAGCAACCCAGGGGCUGCAAACUAUUUUAAUGGUUUGUGUAGACAUGCCUCCAGUUAUGUUUGUAAUUCUUCCAGGAAGCUGCUUCCUCUGGAGUGAGCAAAACCUAUUUCCUUUGUAGUGAUGGGGAAAUGUUUUUUAAAUGGUCGAAAAAAAAGGUUAAUGAGCGUCCGGAAAUCCUGAUGCAGAGAAUCCUAGAGAGGCAAGAAUCUUUGUAGUUCAGGAUUUAUUUGGUGUGGAAAAUUCAUGCAGUGGAGGAUUUUGUGCAGAAAAGAGCAUGUUCUAUACAGAAAACAGCAGAAAAUGCCAAUGCCUCUAUAUAAAACAACAGGAUAGAAAAUGCUGUUUUCUAGGCAAGAAAAUGCCUUUCUCAGCACAUCAAAAUCCUCAUAUGCCCUUUUUAUGCAAUGGCUGCACAGUGAUCUUUUUUUCUGUAUAAGAAACUUGUUUUCUGCACAACUUGGAAACACACACAGCAACAGCAAUGGACCCAUAAAUUAGGAGUUUGGAUUUUUUUAAAAAGUAGGGUAAUGCUUGAAUAUGACAGUUUGAGAGGAAGGAGAGGUGGGUGGCAGGAACCAGGGCAAAUGCCUGGGAAUUGCCACAGCCCGCCCUAGACAUGUGGUAUCCCCCGAACCCAUCACUUCUCUGCUUCAUUAAUGCCCAUCUGCCCCGUUCCUUUUUUGCCUGCAUGCCUGCCCUCUCUAAUAUGCAGCUUGGCUUGCUUGCAUGAGUCUGCUAUUUGCUCCAGAGGCCAUAUUUUUGUUGUGGUUGCUGCUGCCGCUGCUUAGUGUGCCUUCUCUCCACCUCUUGCGCAUGCCGCAGUCUGGAUUGUGUCAGUUGGUGCUGGGGAGAUAGGUGGCUCUUCCUUUGGGAAAGAAGAAACCUAUUUUCCACCGCCGUCCCAGCUCUGGAAGCCAUUCCUUUGCUCCUUCUUCCCAUUGCACCAAAUGCAGAUGACCGGGUUGCGAUGCUCCAGAUAUCCCUUCUGAGAAAGAUCCCUCUUUCCCCAUGGCACAGCCAUGUCCUCUAUUCCCUCUCUUUGCGUUGGAUCCAAGGUUGUUUUAUUUUGCCGAAUCCCAUAAGGCCGAAGGGAGAGAGAGAAAAACAACAAUUCAUUCUAAUUUUGUUUCUAUUUUUUAAAAAAGCACAUCUUUUCUUAACUUCCUCUCUUGCUUUCUUUCUUUCUUUCUCUCUCUGCUGCUGCCUUCCUCUGUUCUCGUGCCUCUGCCAUUUCGUUCCGGGAGGUUUUUAUUUCUUCAUCUUAGGUUUUGUUUUUGCUUUUGUUUUUAUUGUUGCUUUUUGUUUUUUUUAAAAAAUUAAAAAAUAUUCCAGUGGAGGAAAUAAAUUCAAAGGAAAAACACAAAAGGUUUUUGGGGGGUGGGUUUCGGGGGGAGUGCAAGGACCGGGAGUUUCAUCCGAAGCCAUUCUGAGACUCCAUCUAACUUUGCAACAUUUCGAGUUGGUUUCCUUUUUUUAAAAAAAGAAGAAUUUAUUAUAAAUAUAAAUAUAUAUAUAGAUAUAUAGAUAUCCAUUUUUUUAAAAAAGGAAAACAAUUAUUUUGUAAAAAACGGGAGAAAAAAAAUUAAAUACAUUUCAAAAAAAAAGAGCAAAAUCUGUGCCAAACUCAGCAAACUUGGAGGGGG